AUGACGAUGCGUGGAAAUGUGAUUAUUGCGACGACAAUACUGGGUAAAAGAACCAAGGUGCGCUUGACGGAUGUGUACUUCGCAGAAAACCUCGAGAGAAACAUAAUUUCGUAUGGACUAUUGGAGAGUAAAGGUUGUGGAAUAUCGUACCGAGGCGAGUACCGUGUGUUAACCGCAUUGGACGAAGGGCCAGCUAUUUUUGACGUGGGAAUUCACAAUAACGUGUUGGUCGUGCGUGCGCAAAAAUGUGAACUAGAUACGACGGGACGUGACGUGCUGAUGUCAGCACUUGCACAACACGAGGAGGACGUCGGACAAGAUGUGCAGAAAGGAUCGCUAAGGCACUUUCAUAAACGGCUUGCGCAUCUUAAUUACGACACCAUAAUUAGGAUGGCCAAGGAUCCCGCAUCAGGAAUACAGCUAACGGAUGAGCUGCGGGCAAACUGCUUGGCUUGCGCCCAAGGGAAACGGACCAAGAACCCGCAUUCUCGCAAGGACACUGGAAGAAACGCACCGAUCGACGUGAUUGGAGGAGUUAUAUGCUCCGACUUGAAGGGACCGAUGACUCCACGGGACAGGUUGGGCAACCGCUACAUGGUGAAUUUUAUCGAUCAUCGGACUAACUACUGUCGCGUUUUCUUGGCAAAGUCCAAGGAUGUCGCAGCUCAGAAGUUUAAUCACUUCAUGGCUUUUUUUGAGCGACAAAUCAGUUGUCGCAUUCACGUUUUAUCGACGGAAGGUGGAGGAGAAUUCAAGACUUUGGAGCUAUUCUGCAAGGACACUGGCAUUGCGCGCCAGGUGAGCGAGCCACGUAAUCAAGCAAGCAACGGAAAAGCGGAACGAAUGCACCGCACCAUUAUGAACAUGGUGCGGAGCAUGCUAUUUGCUUGUGGAUUACCGUUAAGCUUCUGGGGAGACGCCGCGGAAUAUGCAGUGUAUAUUCUUAACCGGAGCCCGAGCAAAGCGAAUAUGGGAAGACAGUCACCAUUGCAGAUGCUUACGAAGAGCAUCCCAGACUUGAGCGACAUAGUGGCUUUUUGCUCGCCAUGCACGGUCUACAGAGAUGCGAGUAACAAGUCGCUGGGAGAGCGUGGAAAACAAGGCAUCAUCAUCGGCAAGAGCGAUGAAAUGAAGGGCUACAGGGUUUAUUUGCCAAGGGAGAAGACCGUCAUCGUCACACAGCACGUUCGAAACGUGGAGACACUGACCAAGGAGUAG